CCCCGCCCUCCCCCCGCCGCCCGCACGAUGGGGGCGGGACGGGAGGCUGCAGUCCCGGCCGCCGCACCGCGGGCGCCCCGGCGCGGAGGGGGAGGGGGAGAGGGCGGUGGAGCGGAGGAGAGAGGUGUUUCCCCCCUCCCGCCUCCCCCGCGGAGGGAUAUCCUCGGUGCGCUCGGCGCGCUCUGCCCGCACCAAAAUAUUGGGAGUUAAGAGGCGGCGCGGCGGCGCCGGCGGCUCAGAAGCGCGCGGGCAGGCACGGCGGUGGAUCCUGCGCCCGCCACGGCUCCACUGCGGCGCCCAGCCCGCUCCCCGCCGCGGCGGCCCCCGCAGGGGCGGGAUCCAGGCGCGGCUCCGCAGCCCCACGACCCGCCCGCCUCCGACGAGGGCUCCGGUUCUGCCGGCGCGUCCCGGCGCCCCGAGCGGUUCUCGCCGGUGCGAGGAAGGAGAGCGGGAGCGGCGCCCGCGCCGGCUGCUUUUCGCCCGAGGACUUGGUGUCGCCGCCGCGGGGAUCCGUGCCGGCGGGCAACCCCGAGGACUGCGUCGGUGCCCGCUGCCGGGCGAGGAAGGAGCGGCGGAGAAGGUCUCGGCGUCCCGCCGCCCUCAGCCGGCUCCGGAGAGCGGGGAGCCGCGCCGCGCCGCCGAGCGCUCGGCCGGGAGGACGCCGGCGGUACCACCGCGGGGGACUCGCCGCCCUCCCACCCCACCUUCGGAAGAUGUUGCUCUCCAAGUUCGGCUCGCUGGCUCACAUCUGCAGCCCCACCAGCAUGGACCACUUGCCGGUGAAGAUCCUCCAGCCAGUGAAAGUGGAGAGGGAGCCGUUCGAUAAAGUCUACCAGGUGGGCUCCGUGCUGGGCAGUGGGGGCUUCGGCACCGUCUACGCGGGGAGCAGGAUCGCCGACGGCUUGCCGGUCGCCGUGAAGCAUGUGGUGAAGGAGAGGGUGACCGAGUGGGGCACGAUUAGCGGCGUCAUGGUGCCCCUGGAGAUCGUCCUCCUGAAGAAGGUGGGCUCCGGCUUCAGAGGUGUCAUCAAGCUGCUGGACUGGUACGAGCGGCCCGACGGCUACCUGAUCAUCAUGGAGCGGCCCGAGCUGGUGAAGGACCUCUUCGACUUCAUCACGGAGAAGGGGGCCCUGGACGAAGAGACGGCCCGCGGGUUCUUCCGGCAGGUGCUGGAGGCGGUGCGCCACUGCUAUGGCUGCGGCGUGGUCCACCGGGACAUCAAGGACGAGAACCUGCUGGUGGACCUCCGGACGGGCGAGCUGAAGCUGAUCGACUUCGGCUCGGGGGCCCUCCUCAAGGACACGGUCUAUACCGAUUUCGACGGAACAAGAGUAUACAGCCCUCCAGAGUGGAUCAGGUACCACAGAUACCAUGGCAGGUCAGCAACAGUAUGGUCUCUGGGAGUUCUGCUAUAUGAUAUGGUUUGCGGAGACAUCCCUUUUGAGCAAGAUGAAGAAAUCUUGAGGGGACGAUUAUACUUCAGGAGAAGAAUUUCGCCUGAAUGUCAACAGCUGAUCAAAUGGUGCCUUUCACUGAGGCCUUCAGACAGACCAACACUUGAGCAAAUCUUUGACCAUCAAUGGAUGCACAAAUCUGAAGUAGUGAAGUCUGAGGACUGUGACAUAAGGCUACGGACCCUUGAUACUGAUGUAUCUAGCACAAGUUCAAGUAAUGAGAGUCUGUGAAUUACUAAGGACCUCGCACUGGGAGGGGAGCUACAAGCAGAAAGACCACAGUGCUGCUGCCAAUACGUAGGAGGGGCUAGAAAAACGCAUUCAUUAUUCUGUAGUUGAAUCUUUGUCUGAGGGACUUGAUUUUAUUUUCCCCCUUUGCUGGUUUCUGCUUUGGAAUGAGAGAUUUCCUUUGGAAACGCUGAUGUUUGGGAGUUGCAGGCCAGUACUUAGUCAAAGACUGACCUUAUUAAGAAAGCAGUGACCUCUUGAAUACAUGGUAAACUUUUUUGCUCUCAUAGAGCCUGGACUAGAUUUUAUUUGCUUUUGAGUGCCUUUUUGAAAGCUGCUUCAGUGGGACUUUCUUUUUUGAGCUGUGUAUGUCCAAAGAAGAUCCGGUUCAUUAUAGGAAUUUGCUCCCUUUAGACUCAGUGCUGGAGGAAGCAGCUCCUAUGAUGCAUUGGAGAACAUGUUCGGUGAUUGAAUGAAGUAGUCCCAUCCACUGGUGAUGGAAUACUUGAACACAGACAUUUCACUCCUGCCCCCCCGGCCCUUUCCAAAUCCAACCCACCUCUGCUGCUCAAAAUAAUUCCUAUAGCCUGCACAGAAAUAUGAACAGGUAUAUCAGCUUUUCUAUCAGAAAGUUUAUUCAUGUUUCCUUUUAUCAUCUCUACCACUGGGCAUGAGAAGCCCCUUUCUCAACUCCCCCCGGCCUUUUGUCACCCUGCGAGUCUUAAAGUAUGUAUGGGCAUGUUGAAUGCACAAUCAAUGCAAUAUUCAAGGACUUUACUUUUUUUUCCAUACCUGUAUAAUGUGUUUAUGUAAACUUGGUUUUUCCCAUGUACUAUACAGUUAUUUAUUGUUUGGAGUUUAGAAGACCUCCCACAGGUUUCAGCUGUGGCUAUUUAUUUGGUUAAUUUAUUUGGUUAUAGUUAUUCAACACUGUGCUUUUUCCCCUCCUUCUCCCCAUGGGAAUUCUAGUGGUUUGCCCAUGGCACUUUUUUUCUGCAUUCCUGUCAACUUUUGUUUUUAAAAAAAAAAAAAGACAAAAAAAAGAAUUUUCUGACCUUAUCAAUUUUUGUUGGAAGAUGGAAAAUUGUUGUACAAAGUCUAAUUUAAGGGAAAUAGAAUGACUUUUUAAAGUUAGUCAGUAUGCCUUUUGUCUGGUAUUAUUGUACCAGAAAUGUAAAGUAAUGCUGUUCGGAAGGGUUUUAAAUUAUUGACAUUGUACAGUCUCCGUGCAUUGGCUCUGGAAGGUAGAGUGGCAGAGUCAUAAACCUUAAUUUAUUUUAAUAGCUGUGUUUCUGUGAUCUGGUUGCAUUUAUGCAGCUUGGAUUUGGAUUUUUUUUUUCUUCUGUUUAACAGUGUGAAAUGUAUGGAGAUCAUAUUUUUUAUACAGGUAUUUCAAUUAAACUUUUUUUGUAUAUAACA